GCACGGCGCUGCCAAAGCUGAGCCAGGUCGACGAAACAAAGCUUACUCUCGAAGAAAAAUCUUUACCCAACGGUUGACCGUACUAGUUUCGCCAUUAUUUAUCUUCCUGUUCAUAUUCUCUGUGAAAUUUCUCAAGCUCAAAGCAAACUCUUGGAUGCUGUUCAAAGAUGGCCGAUCAACUUGCUAAGGGUGAGGAAUUCGAGAAGAAAGCGGUGAAGAAGCUUAAUGGCUGGGGAUUGUUCGGUUCCAAGUAUGAAGAUGCCGCUGAUCUCUUCGAUAAGGCUGCUAAUUCUUACAAGCUUGCUAAAUCAUGGGAUAAAGCUGGGUCAACCUACACAAAGUUGGCAGGUUGCCAUCUGAAAGUGGAAAGUAAGCACGAAGCUGCUCAAGCUUAUGUUGAUGCUGCCAAUGCCUAUAAGAAAACAUCUAUAAAGGAGGCCAUUUCAUGCAUGGAGCAAGCAGUAAAUCUAUUUUGUGAUAUUGGAAGGCUCAGUAUGGCUGCAAGAUAUUUGAAGGAAAUUGCUGAACUAUAUGAGUCAGAUCAGAACAUUGAACUUGCUAUUGGUUACUUUGAAAAAGCUGCUGACCUUUUCCAAAAUGAGGAAGUAACAACAUCUGCAAACCAGUGCAAGCAGAAAGUGGCUCAAUUUGCUGCUCAAUUAGAACAGUACGAAAAGGCAAUUAAAAUAUAUGAAGAGAUUGCACGACAUUCACUCAAAAGUAACUUGCUAAAAUAUGGAGUCAAAGGACAUCUUCUUAAUGCCGGUUUAUGUCAACUCUGCAAAGGUGAUAUUGUAGCCAUCACCAAAGCAUUGGAUGAAUAUCAGGAUUUAGAUCCAACUUUUUCGGGCACACGUGAAUGUCGACUUUUAGCUGAUAUUGCUGGUGCCAUUGAUGAAGAAGAUGUUACAAAGUUUACUGACGUUGUUAAGGAGUUCGAUAGCAUGACCCCUCUGGACCCAUGGAAGACAACUCUGCUGUUGAGAGUGAAGGAAAAGCUGAAAGCCAAGGAGCUUGAGGAGGAUGACCUAACCUAAAUCUCCUAUUAUAAAUUGAUUUGUUGGGUUACGGUUGUUGAUUUCUAAACUAUAUACGACGAGGUGUUUAUGUAAAUUUUCACCACAUUUGUUAUGUCUGAGAUUCAAAAACAUUGCCUGCCUUGGGUUUCAAUCAGAUUGCAUGCAUGAGUUUGUGGAGUUUUACUA